GUCAUGCCGCUGAUGGUAGUAUUUCUCAGUUUCUCGGAGAGAACGUCAAAAACAAAUAGGUUGUGACAGUUGCAAGUUCUUUCGAAAAUGGCACUGACCAACAAUGGAAAGAAGAUCCUUUGCGUCCUACUGACGAUCACAACAAUAACAAUUGCCACCCGUCAACAUCGCACCCCAUCAUCCACCUACCAUCAAGAGACAGACUUUCCUUCGUCGAAGAACUACCUGGAAGGAUCCCUGACAUUCGACAAACAUCCCGUGCAUGUAUCUGCGGGGUUUCACUUGAAACCGCCCCCAAGAGUGCGCGUGCCGUCCCUACCACCCCUCGAUUUUCUGAUGCGACGGGAGCCUUUCCCGAGACCUCCCUUCUCUCCUAGUUUCCUGUUCAUCCCGAACACUAUAGAGCAAACGGCUGAAACGAAGGGCCAGAUAGAGGAGUAUGAGAAGGCAUUGCGCGAGGAGAGAUUAGAGCAGGGGCAGGAUAGAGCCACCACUCAGGGGCGGUUUUCGGAGGUGGAAGAUCUGGAAGGCACGACGCAACCCACCCACUUCGUUAGCGUGAGAGGCAAAGAGUACAAUUAUAAUUAUUCUGUUUGAGGUGAAUUUGUCGAUACUAAAGUAACAAUUAACAAAUAGCGACUACAAAUUAGCGAGAAGUAACGAGAAAAUUGUGAAAAACACCUUUGAAAUGUCUUGAAACAUUGAAAUAUUGUUAUAUUCUUUUAUAUGUUAUGGAAAUUCAUACAUGAUUUCCAUAAAUCUCAAGAUCACAAACAUUAUGAAUUUCAGUGAAAUCGAAAAGAAUACGCGAUGUUUUGGUGAUGCAUGUAGCCGCGUCAAGUAGGUCGUCUAUCAUUGACAAAUAAAAGUUUAGUGAUUUGCCUACUCUAUUCAUACUUUAUUCGACCAUUUUACUUUCUGACUAUCGAACAAAUAAUCAAUCUAUGAGUCGACAACUUCUCUUAAUGUACUUCGAUCCAAAUUCUUAAUAUUUCCGAAAAUAAAUGGUCAUAAACAUCAAUACCGUUAAGGUUUUGUGGUUUACUGAUUUCCAGGACUUAUUCUGACUCACCCCUUGUCAAAAAAAAGCAUUUCAGAAUCACUUUCAGAGCAAAUCAAAAUUUAUAAUAAUGGCAUUAACUCGUGGGAGCUAUUCUUCAUCCAAUAAUCAUAUCACAGAAGUAGUAUCAAAUCUCCUUCAAGAGAGCGCCACUGAUGUAAAGAAUUUAGUAAUAUAAAUAGUAGUAUCUCAAAAAUUUCAACACUGUUGAAUAGAGGGACGAAAAUCUAAGGUUUCAAUGAAAAAAUCUGCAACCUCUCAAAUACUACAGUGGUGAGAUUGAUGAUGAAUCUGGGACGCUUAUCCGGACCACAGAACUAUAACUUAGAGUUAUAGUUCUGUGAGAAGGACCGCAAGUCUAGACACAAAAGACACAAAAAGAAGAAGAAUCCCGUUUCAAAACCUCCUGAACUAAACGCUGUAAACACUUGAUCCAUGUUUCACUAAAAUUGAGAAAAUGGCGACAAUACCUUCUUUGACAGCUUUGACACAUGCCUAUAUAAUUGUAGUGGACCAAAUCUGAUUACUUUCAGUAAUACUAUGAUAUUUAAAAAAUAGUACGUUUCCAAAACUAGCUUCAUUCUUCAUAAACACUGUUACAAAAGUAUGUGAAAUGUGCAUCAACUGCCGUAAGUGCCGUUUCAAAGGUGCGUAGAUCCAAUAGUAUUAUGUUGUUCAUUGCAUGCUACGGUUUUAAAACUUGUUAGAUCCUGUUCGAAUGUGAACGGUUUCUUUACAGUUUACGUACACAUACAAUUUUUGUCAGUAGAUGUUUGAACGUGAAGCAGUCUUGUUGUGAUUUAGUGUGUUUGCGGUUUAAAAAUAAAGCUAAGAUUCCAGAACUCGUUGAGAAAAAGUGCAGGUCAAAAAAAAGCUUUCCGACGUCGAUGCACUUUUGAAAAAAUAUUAUGGCCCUGAUUGGAGAAAUGCCGCAGAAGAUGUUUUGUCAUUUUAUGAACGUGUUUUUAUGAACUGCUCCAGAUGAUGAUAAUAAUUCUGACGCAAACGUUGUUCCAGAUGAGUUAAGUAUUACAGAAGAUGAGGACUUGCAAGUUUAAAACAUUUAACAUUUUGAACCUGUUUUUGCUUAAAUGAGAGAGUGUAUUUUUGUUUUGAAAAUUGAGUUGAAUAAACACUAGUUUUGCAUCACAUACGUCUUUUUCAACUUCUUAACCAUUCAGAUAAAUUUUCAAAGCUGUAUAAAUCCACAAUAUGUUUCCAAAACUCGUUUAACCCUACUUUUGUUUUGAAAUAACUCUGCAAAACAUUGUCUAAUAUUUGUUUGCUGACCGUAUAUUAGUUUUAAAGGACAAUCUACAAAUAACAAAUCAGUCACACAAACCUACUUGAUUUUCAAAUUGAGGGUAUCAGUAAAAUUGAAUUUUUCUCGAAAUCACUUCUGAUGGAUUCAACAAGUUUUGGAAAGGGGCGCCUCACUUAGACUAAUGUAAAAGUCCUUACAUAGUAAAUACUUCAUUUGGGAGCCGAGGGAACUGAAACGAGUAGGAAAAAUUAAGAGACAAUUCAUUGGUUUCAAUAACGAUUUACAGUAUCUUUAACGUGAAGAAAGUCAAGUGUUUUGGGACUUUACAUUACAUAAGGCAUUCGGCAGUGAACAUUUUUACCUUUUUUUAAUAAAGACAAUUGGAUGUAAUUAAUAACUGCAAUUUCGCAAUUGUUAAUUGUUACUUGCUAAUUGAAUGUGAACACAUUCAGAAUCUCAUUUAUAUGUUAUAUAGUUAUUAAGUUCUUAGUAUAAAAUUACAGAGCACGUGGCAGACUGAUAACCAAUUAUUGUAUUCAUCAAAUCAAUCAAGGUACGGGUAUUAUGUAAGUUGAUAAUAAAGAUACACCUUUUCAUCAACGUGA